GUAAGUCAGUGGUUUAAAAUAUACAGCUAUCAAAGGUAUUAUCGUUCAAUUUUAUUGAAUAUGCUUUAAAAGGCUUUUGAACUUUGGCGACUGAAUAGAAUUUAUUCAGGGAUAGGACAUUUUAAUUCAUAGAGAAAGACUUUCUGAGUAGUACUCGUAGUCGCUAGAGCUAGUAACCACAGUAACGCAAGACAACCCCAAACAUGGUGGACUUCCAGUCUCACUUCCGUAUGUAUGGGCACGGGUACACGAGCCCGGACCUGAGAACGCCUGUAACCAAGCGUAGAGCACGAAACCAUGACCUAGCGCAAAUACUGUUUAGGCGACGGCCUACUGCACACGACUGUCGGGUAGACAUGAUAAAAGAGCACGAGGACAAGAAUGACUGGGAGGCAUGGCUUCUGUCACAUGGUCUAUCCGCCACGUGCCGCAGUGUCGAUGAUAUGCACUACAAAGAAGUUGUCGAUCCAUUAAAAAGAAAACCAGACAAACUGUUGAUGACAGUCGGUCUACGUGGAACAUUGGACGGAGACUUCGUCUACCCUCGUGGUUUAACGGUCAACUUGGAUGGUCAAAUAAUUGUUGCUGACGCCAGCAACAAUAGAGUACAAGUGUUUAGCAACUUCGGCGUCUUUAAAAAGAAGUUUGGUACUAAAGGCAAGGGUGAAGGCCAGUUUGAUGAACCAACUGGUGUGACAGAGCUGCCAAAUGGUGAUAUUGCUGUCGCUGAUAAAAACAAUAAGCGGGUUCAAGUGUUUUCGGACACUUACGAAUUUAAGUACCAGUUUCCAACUUGCAAGAAACCCUAUUGUAUUGCAAGUGACAGAAACUUCAAUAUUGUCGUAUCAACUGCUGACAGGAGUGUUGAGGUAUACAGAAGAACCGGUAAGCUGAUGUACAACUUUUCUCUGAGUGGACGGUCCAGAGGCCCGGGCGGGUUUCAGAUAUGUGUGAAUGACAAAGAAGAGGUUAUUGUUUGUGACCCAGUUGAAUGUUUAGUAAAGUUUUUCACAUUUGAUGGAAAACUGCUAUACAAAUUUCAGCCAACUAUAAAUGGAGAAGGUUUGUCUGUAAUUCCAAGCGGAAUAUGUAGAACACCCCUUGACCAAAUUAUUGUUGCGGACUCCCUCAAUCAUACAGUGAACUUGUAUACAGAGCGUGGGGUCCUUCUACAGCAGUUGUUGUGCCCAACAGAUGACGCUGGUUGCAUUCAGGCAUGCGCACUUGGACCGGAAGGACAUCUUAUUACAUCCGAGUUCAGUAUAAUUGGACAGCAUUGCAUUAAGAUAUUUCGAUACCGAUCAUGUACCUGCCACGCAACUAGACCAGGCUCAAGUAAAAGACGAACACCUACAACUCCUGUUUGAUGUCAAAACGUUAUUAGAAUAAUCCAAUGGAAACAUUGCUAUCCGCAAAUACUUACAAACCUCUAUAUAGAAUUUUAACAUUAAGCAUACCCACGGUGGGGAAACCAAGAAUGCAACGUCAUCAAAAAGCAGCGCAAAUGAGCUGGCCACA